ACCGGUCCGGUUAGAGUAGUGGAAUACGACCAUUAGCAAAGAGUAAUGUCAUACGGCCAGGAAGAACAUCAGCUAUCGAAAUUGGCUAUCGAAAUUUGCUAAAUAAAAAUAAACUUGAUUUCGCAAGAUGCGGUAUAAUUGGUUUUCAAGUGCUUUAAAAUUGCUGAAUAGGACUAAUAGCAAUCGAUGUUUGCUUACAAAUGGACGCAGCUUGUCCAACGCCACUCAAUCCGACGACACAUCGUCCAACCCUGCGCAACUACCUCCGCAGGAGAGUACGAAGAAUAUCAACAAGUCAGUGGAUCAGCAGAUGUCCCUGCACAUUGCUGUGAUUGGAGUCCCCAAUGUGGGCAAGAGCACGUUCAUCAACAACAUAAUUAACCACAGGGUAUGUCCCACAUCCGCUAAAGUACAUACCACCCGCAAGUCGAACACGGCCAUUUGCACAACCGGACAAACUCAGCUCGUGUUCUACGAUACGCCCGGCUUGGUGACCCAGCGGGAAAUACGGAAGCACCACUUGGAGCAGAGCUUUAAGAGCUCCUACCGGCAUGCCAUUCAGCAUGCGGACGUCAUCGCCGUCAUGCAGGAUGUCUCAAACAGCUGGACGAGAAAGGAACUGCACCCUACUGUCUUGGACACCUUGAAGGCCUACGCCAACCUACCCAGUUUCCUCGUGCUGAACAAGAUAGAUGCCCUUAAAUCGAAGCGCGUGCUUUUGGAUCUGAUCAAGACUCUAACCAAUGACACGCUCUCCGGUCAGCGAAAUGGCAAAGGUGCGACGCGAGGUCUGGCAGCCGCUACCACGGGUCAGGUGGCAGAGGGAAUUCCGCUAAGCAAGCGACAGACCACUUGGGAUCACUUUGAUAAUGUGUUCCUUGUCUCAGCCAUGACAGGUAAUGGCCUGAAUGAGCUUCAGAACUAUUUGAUUGGACAGGCAUUGCCAAGACAAUGGAGAUUCGCCUCGGACAUUCACACAGAUGCCAGCCCCGAGGCGCUCAUUGUAGAAAGUGUUCGUGCCCGUUUGCUAGACUACUUGCCGCAGGAGAUACCCUAUAACCUGAAGUGCGAGCUAGAGUAUUACAGCUUGGAGAAACAUGUUGUCUACACGUCCGUUCAAGUACAAUGUCCCACUGAACGCAUUGAGCGGCUGAUAUGUGGCGAGUCCAAUGGGAAAUUGCGACAGAUAACUGAACGUGUGACCUCCGAUUUGGUGGAGAUGUUCGGUCAGGCGGUUUCCCUGACCAUUUCCACGGCCUCCAAGGUCAAGUAGACCGGCCGAAGCUAAAGAAUACCUGUUGUUAAAUUUUACUUUAAUUGUAAUGAACAUAUAAAACUUAGAGCUCAUAAUA